GAGGAUGCGGCUGCGCUCGGGAUUCUUCACCUGGUCCUGCCUGCUGGUGCAGGCGCUGGGCGUCGGGCUGUUCCUCAGGGGCUUCUUCCCGGUGCCGGUGCGGUCGCAGCCUGGCAGGGGCACGAGCGCCGGUCCUCCGCCAGAGCCGCCUCCCGCAGGUUUCUCCUCCAAUUGGACAAAGAUUCCAUCUCCUGUCUUUAAAAGAGCUGUCAUACUAUUAAUUGAUGCCCUGCGGGAUGACUUUGUGUUUGGUCCGAAAGGUAAACAGUUCAUGCCCUAUACAACACAGCUGGUGGAAAAAGGAAGAUCUCAUAGUUUUAUAGCUGAAGCCAAGCCGCCCACAGUCACUAUGCCUCGAAUUAAAGCAUUAACAACUGGCAGCAUCCCUGGUUUCACUGAAAUCAUGAUGAACCUUGAUUCUCAAGCUUUACCAGAUGAUAACUUGAUAUGGCAAGCCAAAGCAGCUGGAAAGAAGAUCAUUUUCUAUGGGGACGAGACUUGGGUUAGACUGUUUCCAAAGCAUUUCAUAGAAUAUGAUGGAACAACCUCUUUUUUUGUCCCGGACUUCACUGAGGUUGAUGAUAAUGUCACGAGGCACUUGGAUACUGUGCUGAAAAGAGAAGAUUGGGAUUUGCUUAUCCUUCACUACUUAGGGCUGGACCAUAUUGGUCACAUCAGUGGGCCGCACAGUCCUUUAGUGGGGCCGAAGCUCUCUGAAAUGGAUAACAUAAUCAAGAAGAUUCAUGCGUCCUUCCUCUCCAAGGAGGAGGGAGAAGUGGCUUCUCCCCAUUUACUUGUUGUGUGUGGCGACCAUGGGAUGUCUGAGAUGGGGAGUCAUGGAGGUUCCUCGGAGGGGGAAGUGCACACGCCCUUGCUUUUUAUCGCCUCUGCUUUUGACAGGAAGAGUGGUCCUCUGAAACGUCCAGAACUGAUUCAGCAGACUGACAUUGCAGUCACGUUGGCCAUAGGUCUGGGCUUGCCCAUUCCAAGGAGCAGUGUUGGGAGGAUUUUGCUGCCUGUUGUACAACAGAAAACAAUAAGAGAACAACUACGGUACUUGCAUUUAAAUGGCUUCCAGCUCAGCAGACUUCUCCAAGAGAAUAUGCCUUCCUAUGAAAAAGAUCCCAGCUUUGAAAUGUUUAAGGUGGCGGAAAAAUCUCAUGGAAGUUGGAUCAAGCUUUAUUUGGAGAGGAACACCUCAGAGGUUCUCAUCAAUCUUGGCAAGAAAGUCCUGAAGCAAUAUUUGGAGGCUCUCAAGAUCCUGAGCUCUUCCUUAAGCAAGCAAGUGGUGCAGUAUGACAUGUACUCAAUGAUCAUGGGAACUGUGAUUGCUCUAGAGGUGCUCUUGCUGCUUCUAUUGAACGUCCCCAAAGCACUGAGCAACAGGGCAGAAUUUGAAGUGCCCCUCUCUCCUUUGUGUUCUCUGCUCUUCUUCCUGAUGUGCCUGAUGCUCUCUGCUGUUCAUGUUGUCGUGUGCACCUCAAUGGAAAGCCUGUGCUAUUUCUGCCGCAUUUCAUGGCUGACAGCAUUUGGUGUGAUCGUGAUGAUUUCUGGGCUCCUAUGUGUCAUUCUGGCUGCUAUGGAAAAGGCGUUUGUGAAUCCAACACAAGCACUGAAGAAUCCAGCUGCCUCCACUUCCAGCUGGUCUGAAUUAGAUCUGCUCAUACUGGCAGGCACGGUUGGCCAUGUGUCAAGUCUGGCUGCUAGCAGCUUCAUUGAAGAAGAGCACCAGACGUGGUACUUUCUCAUCAAUACCCUUUGCCUCGCCCUGUGCCAGGAGGUCUACGGACACUAUUUCUUGACCAAAAAGCGUGAUCUUCAGCUUCCCUCUGCCAUCAGAUCAAGUUCUGGAGAGAGCAAGGGAGUCCCUUCCUGCCACAAGGGUGACGUUGACUUCCUGCAGGCUGAUUGGAAAAUGAGCAAGUUCAUGUCCUCUGAAAGCGCAAGAGGUUCUGAGAAGUGGAUGGCCUUAGCAACUCCAUGGGUCAUUCUUAUUAGCUGCCGGUUCCUUCGUUCCUUAAAUCAGACUGGAAUUCAGUGGGCUCAUAGGUCAGAUUUGGGACACUGGUUGACAAGCUCUGAGCAUAAAGCUGAACUUUCCCUUCUGGCAUCUGUCUCCCUAGUUCUGAUCUUUAUUCUUGUUCAGCAGAGAUGUUCUCUGGUUUCGAAAAUAGCCAUGGCACUUGGACUCUUGGGAGUGUACAGUUACCGGGCAGCCACUGGAAUGGUGGAAUUUCCAUGGCAACAAGAAAGUAUUUCAAAGGGCAUAAUUGAAGCACGAUUCGUUUAUGUCUUUGUUCUUGGCAUCAUCUUCACAGGCGCCAAAGACUUGCUCAAAUCUCAGGUUCUCUCCGCAAACACAAAGAUAAACUAUGCAGGUCUGUGGGAAAUGUACAGUGGACUGGUCUUGCUGGCAGCACUGCUCUUAAGGCCUCACAACUUGCCCAUUUUGGUCUUCUGUCUGCUCUUUCAAGCCAUGUUGACAAAGUACAUCUGGAAGCCACUGGAGUUUGAUGCAGCUCAAGUUACUAUAAUCCACUACUGGUUUGGUCAAGCUUUCUUCUUUUUCCAGGGUAAUUCAAACAGUAUUGCCUCUGUGGAUGUUUCAGCUGGAUUUGUUGGGCUUGACAACUAUGUGACAGUCCCAGCCGUCUUCCUGACUGGAUUCUCCAUGUACUCUGGGCCUGUGCUGUGGGCCAUUCACUUGCUGUGCUAUUUGAGUUCUGAAAUUCACAGGAAUGCUGCCGCACUGGGGCACGGCUGUUUCUGUUACGCGCUGCUACGCUCCAUCCCAGUUGGGGUGUACAUCAUCUUGGUCACAGGUCUGCGCUACCAUCUCUUCAUCUGGAGCGUCUUUUCGCCAAAGCUUCUCUACGAAGGAACACAUCUCUUCAUCACUGCAAUAGUGUGCACCUUCUUCAUGGCAAUGGACCAGAACCACUUGCGCCAAGUCCAAGACUGAAAGCAACUCUCAGGCCGAAACUUACAUAUAUUCUACCCUGUGACGGCAUUUCUGCUGUGGGAAGUAGAUUCUUGCUUCUGAAUUGCCCAGUGAACUUUAAAAAUCAAUCUAUUUUGAUUUUAGCAAAUGUUUUAUAUAUCGGCUAUGUUGCAAAGAAAUGCUGCUAUGGAGAAAAUGGUGGUGAUCACUAAACAGCAGUUAAAAGGUUGUGAACAAACUGAGGCCUCACCCGCCCCCAUCUGCCUCCAGCACCAGUUUAACCUUAGUCGAGCAUUACAUCACCAUGGAUCUUAACUUCAGUAAAGGCUGUUCACUUGAUUCAGAUCCUUAACUAGGGUUUGAAGCUGGUUAAACAUGGGCUCACUUGGCUAACCUUAAUGGUUAGCAUGCAUAUGGUUAAUAUGCAUGCUGGCCAUGUAACUAUGGUUAUGGUAGGGUAAAUUGAUGCUGGAGCAGAGUGAAAUCACAGCCUACUUGUAACCUUUUCAUUGCAGUUGAGAGAUCACCCCUAUUACAUUUGCACUAAGUUUCAUACGGGUCUGUUUUGGGGCAUCGGGACAGGAGUUGCCCUCAGGAAUUCUUGCUCGUUUUCAUUCUUUCAUACCAGACCUGUUCCCUAGCAGAUGAAAAUCUACCAGGCUUUACUAGAUUUGAAGAACUGGGACUUGCGUCUGUUGCCAAGACUUUUUUGUUGCUGUUCAUUGCAGCAUUGUCCCCUGCUUCUCAUUUACUAAUGGUUAAUCAUCUCUUUAAUAAGUGAUGUUUAAUGCCUUUGUUCAGCUCUGAGGACUGUUGGCUGGUGGCCCUUAUGUAAAAGUUUCAAAACAGCAUACCUUGACUUCCCUCUGGUUUUGGCUAUGUGGGCCUGGGGUGUGGGGAGAGUUAAAGAUGCAGCAUUAUAUCAGCAUAAUGGGUGUUAAAAUCAAUUGACAUGUUCAGAGACUGAGAUUCUGAAGAAGUCCCCUAAGGCGGAGAGACCAGUAUUUCAGUGCAACAGGUGGAAUCCUGAACAAGGCUGGGCCAGCCGUGAUGGCAGAAGUGAACUGUUCCCCUUGGUGGCUCCUAGGGCUCCCUCAAAAUCACACAGAGUAUGGUGACCCUGCUGGUGGGUGGGGUGGGGUGGAGGGAGAUCCCCCCCGCCCAUAUUGGGCAGAGGGACCAUUUGCAAGAAGGCAAAUCCUGGAUCCGAAUCACUGUGUUUGAAUCACUCGAUAUAAUGCAUGCAAGUUUAGGGUGGGGGUGCUAAUUUUCGUCCUGCCCUACUCGGCAGUGCCGUUUCUCAUUCACUUCUAAGCCAUGCCAUCUCUUAAUGCCUCCCCAUCACUGGGAGUCCAGCCUGCAAUGGGGGUGGGGAUAGAAAUCACAUGCAGGGAGCCAGUGCAUCCCAACACCAGGUUCUGGGUGGGGGAAAGGAGGGGAAAAGGCCAGAGAGACAGCACGUCCCUCUUCAGGCCCCAGGGUCAGGGGAGCAGUGCCUGGUGAGCUUACAACCACCUUCCUGCCUUUCCUUCAGUAAUCUCUCAGCGUGAUGGCUCACACUGUGGCAAGAAAUUAUGGAUCAGUAACGUAAUACACACACAGCCCUUCUAUGAACACAGCUCGCAGAAUUUCCUGUAGUUUGCUUUGAUUAUGUUAUUUCUGCAAAUAGCAGUCAAGGAAUACAAAUAAGCUCUGGUGGGCUUAAACAUCUGUCAUAUCUGAAAAUGUGUAUGAAAUCCCUCAUGAGAAUUAAUGGACUGUUUUCUUGGUAAAAGUUACUAAUUUCAUUAUUUUUGAUAGCUGCAUCUUGGCAAGGAAAUGCUACAUAUUACAUAUGUAAUUAUAUAAAUUGCUACCUAUCAAAGCAUGCUGGUACAUUUGCAACUGAGAGCAAGCUUUGUAUAACACUAUAAUGUAAAGUCUGUGUUUUUUAAAAAGGAGCGAUUGUGGUAUGCUCUUUGUGGCAACUUUUAUUCUCUUGAGUUCAGACCUCAUCCUUCCAGAAUGGGCCGAUCAGCUGCUAGCUUUUUUCCAAGAGUCUAAUCAAUGUGGUACGAGUGCGAGCUUGAACCGAAUUCUCAAGUGCUUAAUGUUUGGACAGGAAUGUAUUGCAUUUAUCUGAGCCAACCCUGUGACCCAUCCUCAGAUUGCAGAGAGAGAGGAACAAGUUGUAGGAUUAGGGGAAAGCCCAUGUACAAGUAAAUCACGCUUGAUCAUCUGUGCUCCUGUAUUCUGUGGAGGGCAGAGAGCCAUCAGAAGCAGUUAAGAUAUUGGUUGUGCUCCUGGGUCAUGUACAACCAAUAAAAUGAAGCACGGGGCAGUGAGCCGUAUGGUGGUCAGGCAGCAGUGCCACAUUUGCAAGUCUCUGGCACUGAUUAGUGUUGAGCGUUCCUGCGUCCUUGGGCCUGGUCUCAGGGGAUGCAAGCGGCGGUUGGGAAGCUGCAGGACCAGCCCCAGAUGCUGUGCUGGCUGAGGCAAAUGUCAGAGUGGCGGGUCCUUCCCAAGUACAGACGCUCGCUUCAGCCGUGGCAACAGGACAGCGUGCCUGGAGGCAGCAGUUAGCUCAGGGGACACAGGGCAGGCGGUGUGACACACGCAGCCUGGUCCUCUGCCCAGAGCACCGGUAGCCUGAGGUGGCCACCCAAUUCAGCCAAUUGGCAGAGCCAGCCUUGGGGAGCUGCCAUUUCGGCCCAUUGCUCUGCCAGGGCAUUGUGUGUAGUUGGAAUGACUGGGAGACUCACAGCCACCGACCACAGAUUGUGGCAUUGCAGCUGGCAGAGGUUUAAUGGAAGGGACAUGGGAUGUGGCGCUCACAUUUGGAUCCAAGCGUGCAUGUAGAGGCAGGGCAGGUAGGUGCAAAAGGCCCACAGAAGCCUUUUGCUGGUUUUUGUUUUGCAGCGCAUUGUUUGAGUUACUACCGAAGGCCCAAUCCAGCCAUUCUAUUGAGAAAACAGAUAAUGAGAAAAAAUUAAUCUUGCUAUGUCUGAAUAACACUGAGCUCGUCUAGCUCGUCUUUCUGAUCUGUAUGUAUGUGAAUAUUUGAAAUAUACCAGGGAUCUUCAGGCACAGUGUUUUUCACAGGGUAGAUAAAUUGUAAAAAAUCUUUGUAUUUUUCUUGUUUUGAUUUUAGUGAUAUUAAGAGUCCCUUGGAGUCAAACUGGAUGAGAUGCAGGAAAUCCAAUCACCUACCUGCUUUUCUUUUCUUUUUCCCAGCAAAGCAGUGCCAUCCCCUGAAAUUGGUUGGGACCCCACUGCUGGCAGAGUGUCCCCCUGAAUUAUUUCCCUACCACUGCGUUUUCUGUGGAGGAAAACAGAAAUGCCUAUAACCUUUUCCCAAGGAGGCAAAUAACGUGUGUGUGUGUGUUAUUUAGUCAGACACAACUGCGUUGAAUCUCCCCUUCGGUGGACUACAGAUUGGUUAAGUUCUUGGGCUCCGUCACCAAGUCUUCCUUGCAUCUAGUUUGAUAUGUAACAUGGUUGAAAAUGAAAGCCAGAUCCCCUGUAUCAUUUUCUUUAAGAAACUGUGGUGUCAACUCUACAGGUUCAUGGCAAACUCUGGCUUAACAAACCAGAUAACCUUGCACUAAGCCAGGGAGAUGAAGGGCAGAGGAAGCAAAGGCCUGGCUCAUUAGGCCAGGCAUAAGACAUUUCCAUAGGGCCAAUGAGCUGAAGUUUCAUUUACUAUUCUUACAUUUAUAUUCCACAAGCCCAGGUCUCCGAAGUCUCAGUCCAUCACUCUAACUGUGCCACACUGGUUCUCUAUGUGAAAGGAGUGUACCCGGACAAUAGAUUUCUGUCUUCAAAAAUUCAUGCAUUACUGCAUUUAGCUAAAUGAAUGUUUAGAUAGCCAAUCAAAGAGUAUGUGUAUUUCCAUCUCCAUGGAGAAUUCUUGCCCGGUAAUGAUCAGUCCUUGCUUCCAAAAAUUUGGAGCACUUACAUUUUCAAGUAUGAGAUGCAAUCUUGCAUAGCACCCUUAUCUAUGUACAGGCAGAGCCAAAGAGAAAUCCUUGAUUUCCCCUUUGCAGUAAUGUAUAUAUACUGUGUUAGUGCCAUGCGGUGGGCUAUGUGAUCCUAGAAAAUACAUAGACUCUAUUUAGUUAGAAAUCACUAGGUUUAAUUGUUAUAACAGCAAAUCAAUACACUUCCUUGUUCAGAAAAUAUAUGAAGUGCAAAACCGGAAGCUUGAUUAUAAAUCCAUGUUCUGUAAAUUAGCCCUUUUUAACUACUAAACCAUUUGGAUUUAAACUGAUCUACUCUUGCUUUUUCAACCUAUUGGGCAUUUGGAUUUGUGCUUUCGAUAUUUUAUCAGGAUUUGCUGGUGCCAAGGGUAAUUUCAGGCACAGCUUUAACUGGUAUCAUCCUGCCUCAAACAUGACAUUGUACAGGGGAUCUGGAUGGUAUCUUCCACUUGGAAGCUUCCAGGGUUUUCCCACCAGUUGACUCAAGCUUCUUACCACAGAAAAUCUGUGAAGGAGGGAAAGAUGAAAUAGCAGCACAGCCCUUCUAGUUGAGUCACACUGGGAGCCAGCCAACCAGAAGCAUCCCAGUGCUUUGCUAGGAAAAGGGCCAGGAUCAGACGAAGAGAAGCAGCUUCUGUGCCAUUGUAAAUAUAUAUGUAUUCCAAAGGAAUCUCCACUAAUUCGGCACGAAAGUAUGCUUGGGAGAGCAGCUUUAAUUCAAUUUUUCUCAAUGCUGUUCUUUAAACAGGGAAGGCUUGGCUUCAGAACAAGUUAAGAGAAACAAGUCAGCAUGUGGCAUGUUUGCAUACAUGGGACAUCUUUCGUACCUUAGGUUAUGCAGUCCAAUUUUGUUCAUGGCUUAGUUUGACCACACGCACGGUACCCCUACAGACACCUCCCCAAAAGCGCCUGUCUGUGUUGGUGUCUGAGCUCCACCAAUAGCUCGUGCUGUGCAUGUUUCAGUCUGGCUCUGCUUUGAAGAAGGCUCCGAAGGUACAGCUGCGCCAUUGUUGAACUUGUUAGGCAAAGAUAUGUCCCCACUGGGGGUAACAGCUGCUUGUUACAUUGCCAAGUGAGGAGGCAGGUGGGGCUGGGAAACUAUUAAUCAGGACUGGCUUUUUAACCAUUGCUAAGAAACCCAGCUCAAGCCAAGGUUAUAUACCCUAAUUUAUAGCCAAGCUUUAACCAUGGUUAAGGUAUUCAGACAGGGUUUGUAGGCCCUCGGGAAAGACAUCCUCCCUCCCUCCAUGGGGCUGCCUUCUCCCCACUGUGCUCGCCAGCUACUCUUGUUCCUCCACCUCUUUCUCUUCGUCGCUACUGCUUGCUUGACAGGUAGAGAGCCGGGGAGCGUGCAGGUUGAGACAUCCAGUGCUGUUCCUUCCUGCCGCAACCAUUGCACACAUCAGAGUGAGAGCGAGGUGAACAAGCAGGUGGCAGCAGUGCAAAGAGGACGGACUCCAGUGGGUUCCUCUCACGGGGGCUCAAUUUGAGUUUGGGCCUUUGGCCUGUGCCCAGCCACACCUACCCUUGACAUCAGCCCUGUAUGCAGAUGUAACACUUUGACAUAGAUAAGAAGAACGUACAUAGUGUCAGGUGUCUGCACAAGGUGCCACUUUUUCAUUAAAAUUCAGCAGUCUUGUCAAUCUUCAGGUAAACCUAAGCGGAGCUUUCACCAGCGGAUCUUAAAUGGCUUUUUAUCCCUGGGCUUUGCUUUUGUGUCUCAAGCAGAUAUUGGAAUAAAAUCUAAUGCCCUUUACGUCUCUGGUGUGUGGACUUAGCUUUAGAAUGAAUGUAAGAAAAUCAGCUUUUCCAGUGACUGAAGUGUUGUUUGACUAGCUUUGCGCUCAUGAGACUUGCUGCUCCCAAGAGGCUCGUAAUGCAAACUUGUUGGGCUUCGGGUUUAUCAGAGGAAUUCCUUUGGGGAACAGGAAAGAGCAAGGCUGCCCCUUUGAAUUUGCUGAUAGGAGCAGAGGAGUGUGAUUAUUUUGCACAAUUGUAUCUACUGCAGAAACUCUACAGUCUUUGCAAGAUACAAUCUCUCCUCCUCCUCUUGACAUUCUGUUGAGUAGCUGUGCUGUGCAUUCCUCAGGUCACAACACAAUUUUCCAUGUGAACUUUGAAGUUCAGACCUGAGUUAGGACCAGGCUUGCUUUCUGUGUCCCUUUUGCUUUGUGGUUCCAGUUUUCCACUGGUUUUGAAAAGAUCCAUUUCAGUGAGAAGGCCCACUUAACUAAGAUAGGAGAUGUGGUCCAGCUUACGCAGUCAGGAGAAUUGUGUACGAAAAUUUCUUCUAGACUGCAGUGCUUAAAGGUGCAAUUGUUAGUGAGUUGAAUGUCCAGGGGACUGUAAGGGUUGCAUCCAAUCUUGAUCAUCUACUGGUUGAAUGGAAAUUGCCGACAUUGUCUGGUUGUGCAAGUGGAAGUCUGAUUGCUGGAUAUAAGUCAUUAUUUGCAUGCUCUCCCAAAGCAAAAAAUAAUUUGCAUAUUAAAAAGAACAGCUAACA